GUGUUGGACUUUUCUCGUGCGGAGCCGUAGACUGAGGUAGAGGAUGAGCGCAUCGCAGCCAGAGCCUUGAAUGCGCUCGAUCGGGUUCUUGAAUUCGAUCUGCCGAAGGUUUGAAUCUUCUUUCUUCUUCGACACGCCUGGCGUCUUCUUGUUUUGGCGAGCUCGAGGCCCCAGGAUGCCCGUGUGAGCAUAAUUGUGAGGAAUUCUCGACCUUCAAAGGUCAAACGUCCUCAUGCUGCAUCCGGAGUUUUACUGCUCGAAAAAUUAUCGAAAGAAGGCGACCACACUGGUUUCCUUGUGAAAUUGAGCAGAUCUUGAAAUGCUGUGCUUUUGCAAGUGCGCGGAACAAACGCGGCGGAGCUCACUGUAUUAUUGCCGGUGCUGCCACAGUACGUAGUUGCGUUCAUUCCGAAGCUCGGCUAGCUAAAAAGGAGCGAGAGUUGGAGGGUGGGCUUUUGAUAUGCUGACCACGAUGCAGGCGUGGUUCAAAGGAGGUCCGACUAGUGAAGCCGGCGGACAAGGCUCGUUGUUAGAUGACUGGAAUAGCUAUGCCGGUGCUCAGCAGAGCACCGGUACUGGAAUCGAUCUGGAGUCUGCCGUUCCAGAGUCGUUCGCACCCUUGCUUAAAACUGCCAACGAAACGAUGAUGGGAGCUUUCAACUCGGUAACAAGCCGAGUACGAGAGCUGCCGGGAAGUGUGUCGAGUGUGACCACAAACAUGCCUUCCACUAAACAAAUAAUGUAUUUUGGCCUUCUGCUGGCGGUGGGAGUGUUCUUCGUUUUCCUGGCCUUCGCGCUUUUCCUCCCUGUUAUGGCUUUAAUGCCGCAGAAGUUUGCCAUCACAUUCACUCUUGGCUGCCUCUUCAUUAUGGGUUCAUUCUUCGCCCUGAAGGGCCCUAAAGCUCAGCUCUUUCACAUGAUUUCAAAAGAGAGACUCCCAUUCACUUGUGUUUUCUUGGCAAGCAUGUGUGCAACAAUUUUCGUCUCCAUGUAUCUUCACAGCUAUCCAUUAUCUCUGCUUUUCUCGAUCAUCCAGGUAUUGGCUAUGUUGUAUUAUGUCUUAUCAUACUUUCCAGGAGGUACAACUGGGCUGAAAUUUAUAGGCACCUUCCUUACCGGAUCAGUUACCAAGCUUUUUGGACAGUAAGGUGGAGUUGGGUUGUUAAACAAAGGUAGAGCUUCCUCUUUGCAAGAAAGAGCCUCAAAAGGUUUGUGUGAUAUUUUCUCUUCAUAACGAUGAUUGGCACAUGAACAUUGGGUCUACUUGGUAAUGUGAACUUUUCUUCAGAUGUUUGUGCAAGCAGUCUUUAUUCUUGGAGUUAUACCCCGUCUUCGCAACUACUAUCACCGAUGAUUUGUCUAUGGAUAUGACAAUUUCAAGGCGCUAUGAAUGUUCGGAGCUUGACUUGGACCACCUGCAGCUUGAGUAAAUACAACAUACAGCAUUAAGAGAAAAUAUCCCACAUCACAUGAAG